AUGGCCCAGCCCCAGGAGCUGGUUGUCCCUGGUGGGCAUAGCAACCUGUCCCCAUUGGCAGGUGUGAUCCUGCUGCGGCUGGACCGGCUUCGGCAGGCUGGCUGGGAGCAGAUGUGGAAGCUGACGGCGAGACGUGUGCUCCUCUCCCUGCCCGCCACCUCUCUGGCUGACCAGGACAUCUUCAAUGCUGUCAUUAAGGAGCACCCGGGGCUGGUGCGGCCGCUGCCCUGCGUCUGGAAUGUACAACUGUCUGACCACACGCUGGCUGAGCGCUGCUACUCUGAGGCCGCCGACCUCAAGGUGAUCCACUGGAAUUCCCCCAAGAAGCUGCGGGUGAAGAACAAGCAUGCCGACUUCUUCCGCAACUUGUACUUGACCUUCCUGGGGUACGAUGGGAAGCUGCUGCGGAGGGAGCUCUUUGGGUGUCCCAGCCAGCCCCCACCUGGGGCUGAGCAGCUGCGGGGAGAGCCGUCGGCGGGAUCCGGGGGCCACAACCGCUCCGCCUGCGCCCCGCAGCCGCCGCUGCCGCCCAAGUGCGAGGUGUUGCACGUGGCCAUCGUGUGUGCGGGACACAACUCCAGCCGAGAUGUCGUCACUCUGAUGAAGUCCUUGCUCUUCUACAGGAAAAACCCCCUGCACCUCCACUUGGUGACUGACGCUGUGGCCAGAAGCAUUCUGGGGACACUCUUCCGCACGUGGAUGGUACCCUCCAUCCUCGUCAGCUUCUAUGAUGCUGAGGAGCUCAAGCCCCAGAUCUCCUGGAUCCCUAACAAACAUUACUCUGGCCUCUACGGGCUGAUGAAGCUAGUGCUGCCCCUCGCCCUGCCGCCCAGCCUGGCGCGAGUCAUUGUCCUGGACACAGAUGUCACCUUUGCAUCAGACAUCGCGGAGCUCUGGGCGCUCUUUGCUCACUUUUCUGACAAGCAGGUGAUCGGUCUCGUGGAGAACCAGAGCGACUGGUACCUGGGCAACCUCUGGAAGAAUCACAGGCCCUGGCCUGCCUUGGGCCGGGGAUUUAACACAGGUGUGAUCCUGCUGCGGCUGGACCGGCUUCGGCAGGCUGGCUGGGAGCAGAUGUGGAAGCUGACGGCGAGACGUGUGCUCCUCUCCCUGCCCGCCACCUCUCUGGCUGACCAGGACAUCUUCAAUGCUGUCAUUAAGGAGCACCCGGGGCUGGUGCGGCCGCUGCCCUGCGUCUGGAAUGUACAACUGUCUGACCACACGCUGGCUGAGCGCUGCUACUCUGAGGCCGCCGACCUCAAGGUGAUCCACUGGAAUUCCCCCAAGAAGCUGCGGGUGAAGAACAAGCAUGCCGACUUCUUCCGCAACUUGUACUUGACCUUCCUGGGGUACGAUGGGAAGCUGCUGCGGAGGGAGCUCUUUGGGUGUCCCAGCCAGCCCCCACCUGGGGCUGAGCAGUUACAACAGGCUUUGGCCCAACUCGAUGAGGAAGACCGCUGCUUCGAGUUCCGGCAACAGCAGCUCACUGUACACCGAGUCCACAUCACCUUCCUGCCCCACCAGCCACCACCUCCCCGGCCUCGUGAUGUCACGCUGGUGGCCCAGCUCUCCAUGGAUCGGCUGCAGAUGCUGGAAGCCCUGUGCAGGCACUGGCCAGGCCCCAUGAGCCUGGCCUUGUACCUGACAGAUGCAGAGGCCCAGCAGUUCCUGCAUUUCGUGGAGGCCUCCCCGGUGCUUUCUGCUCGGCAAGACGUGGCUUAUCAUGUGGUGUACCGGGAUGGGCCCCUCUACCCAGUCAACCAGCUCCGAAAUGUGGCCUUAGCCCAGGCCCUCACGCCUUACGUGUUCCUUAGUGACAUUGACUUCCUGCCGGCCCACUCUCUCUAUGACUACCUCAGGGCCUCCAUCGAGCAGCUGGAGCUGGGCAGCAGGCGGAAGGCAGCUUUGGUGGUGCCUGCCUUUGAGACCCCACGUUACCGCUUCAGCUUCCCCAGUUCCAAGGCUGAGCUGCUGGACCUGCUGGACACGGGGGCCCUCUACACCUUCAGGUACCACGAGUGGCCCCGGGGCCACGCACCUACAGACUAUGCCCGCUGGCGGGAAGCCCAGGCGCCGUACCGUGUGCAGUGGGCAGCUGACUAUGAGCCCUACGUGGUGGUACCACGUGACUGUCCCCGCUACGACCCGCGCUUUGUGGGCUUUGGUUGGAACAAGGUGGCCCACAUCAUGGAGCUGGAUGCCCAGGAAUAUGAGCUCCUGGUGCUGCCCGAGGCCUUCACCAUCCACCUGCCCCACGCUCCAAGCCUUGACCUCUCCCGCUUCCGCUCCAGCCCAGACUACCGAGCCUGUCUGCAGGCUCUCAAAGAGGAAUUCCAUCAGGACCUGUCCCGAAGCUAUGGGGCCUCUGCCCUCAAAUACCUCACUGCCCUGCAGCAGCCCCAGAGCCUGGCCUGAGCCUCCCUGGAGCCCAGGCCUCCUUGGAAUGGGUUACUAUGCCCUGGAGCCUCGACUCAGGCAGACCCACCCACCAACCUCCCUUCCCUAUCUGCUAUUUAAAUUAUUUAAAAGGUCUGUGGGUCAGACUGGGUGGAGCACUGUGUGGGGAGUCCUCCCCCUGCUGCUAUCCUACUGCUAGGGGUUGGCCUCUCCUCCCCUUGCCCCAGCUGGUUUGGGGCUGGUGCUCCAUCAUCAAUUGUAUAUCCCUUUUUCAUAAUUAAAGUUUUUCAAAUCUC